UUGGAUAGGUACGCAUGCGCAGUAGGCCCUAUUGUGCAAAUAUGGAAGCGCUCAAACUGUACAAGCUGUUGCUACUGGUGUUUCAAAUUGUCAACUGCUUAGUAGCCGUUGUUGUUGUAUACGUCGGUGCGGCUUUACUUCAGCACGACGACACUUAUGCAGUCUUUCUAGGAUCUCGCAACGUGGCUGGCCCUGCGGCAGCGACCAUAGUGGCAGGUGUAGUUCUCUUUUCUGUUGGUGCAACAGGCUGUAUCGGCGCAAUAAAAGAGAACACGCUAGCUCUAGCGAUCUUCGGUAUUCUCCAACUGUGCGCUUUGCUGUUGGAGUUGACAGGAGGUGCUAUUGCUAUUUCGUACAAGCAGGAGGCCAAACAGACUGUUCGAAGCCAAUUUAACAGCCACAUGAAGGACUACGACAAUGCCAAAGUGAAAAAGCAAAUAGACGAUGUUCAGAAAGAUCUACAUUGCUGUGGAGCAGAAGGACCCGAGUCAUGGCACAAGAUCAACAUGAGCGUUCCGCUAUCCUGCUGUGAGCACGCCAACAGCACAACUUGCUUGACUAAAAAUUACUGCGACGGCUGCGUGAACUCAUUGUUCAGUUUACUGAAGAAAAACUUGCUUCCAAUAGCUGGUGUCACCAUCACUUUUGCUUUUGUGCAGCUAUUUAGUGUAUCUGUUGGAGUACUGAUGUAUCGGAAAAAGAGAAGAGAAGUUCGCUACCAGGAGAUGGCAGAAAUGGUCUGAACUUGAACAAGGACAGUGACAUGGACUGGAGACUUGAUGUUUACGUUGUGUUCUUAUGUUUUUAUGCCAGUAGUUGGUUGAUGUAUUUAUUAUAGUACAGGACUGUAAAUAACAAGACAUCUUUUUGUUUCUGUAAA